AUGCAGCAUUUGAUCAAACAAAAUACAACAAGUAACAUAAUUCCCCAACAACUGAAGCAUUUGUUGCAACAAGUGAAUAGGUUGUUGCAACAGAUUCUUCACUUUGUUCGCCAAUGUAUAUUUUCUGUGCUUGACGUGGGUCCUAUUCCUAGUCACAUUGCUUUCGUUAUGGAUGGAAACCGUAGAUAUUCUAAGAAACAGAACUUGUUAGAUGGGGAUGGACAUAGGGCAGGAUUCUCAGCUCUUAUCAACAUGCUAAGAUAUUGUUACGAGCUUGGUGUAAAAUACAAAACUGUUUAUGCCUUCAGCAUUGAUAACUUCAAACGAAGGCCUGAAGAAGUUUUAUCACUGAUGAGACUGAUGCAGGAAAAGAUUGAUGAAUUAAUUAAAGAGGAGAGCAUAAUAAACCGCCUUGGGAUUAGGAUUUACUUUAAAGGGAACCUAAAACUUCUGAGUGACCCUGUCAGCUCAGCAGCCGAGAGGGCUAUGGUAAAGACAGCAUGUAAUUCAAAAGCUGUAUUAUAUAUUUGUGUUGCCUACACUUCAACAGAUGAGAUUGUGCAUGCUGUUCAAGAAUCUUGUGAAGAAAAAUGGGAUGAGAUUAGAAAACGAGAAGCAAUUAAUGCUGGCGGCAAUUUAAUUGGACCCAAAGAAAAUGGGAAGGACAACGAUGAACACCUUAUUGGUGUGACAAAUGUUGACAGACAUAUGUACAUGUCAGUUUGUCCUGAUCCAGAUAUUAUUAUACGGACUUCUGGAGCAACUCGGUUAAGCAACUUUCUUUUGUGGCAAAGUACACAUUGUCUUCUUUAUUCUCCCGCUGCACUAUGGCCUGAGAUUGGUUUGAGUCAUUUGGUUUGGAUAGUUUUAGACUUCCAGAGAAACUAUUUGAAUAGGCCUUUACUAGAUGGUGAUGAUUAUCUAAAUCAUAUAGAAACAUCAUCGAGUGAUAGCGAUGAUAUACCGAAUGCAGAGGUAUCUGAUGAUGAUGAUGACGACGAUGACAAUGAGGCUGAUGUUCAUCCUCAUAUGCAGGAACAACAUUCAGUAGAAAUGAUGCAAAGUCGGCCAAAUCAGCAAGAACCGAUCCCCAUCAAAGAUAGCAUUAAAAACGUUGAGGGAGUAUAUUGUAAAACGAUAAACAAGAGAAAGGGAUAUCUCAGGCGUAGGUGCGCUUUUGAGAUGAUUUAUGGUACAUGGGAGGGCUCUUUCAAGCAGUUGCUGAGGUAUAUGGCAGCUAUACAAAAAAUUAAUCCUGGUACUGUUGUAGAGUGA